AAAUUACAGCAUCUUUCCUGUGAUUGUAAUUCCACGUGUAUAUGCGUAUAUAUAUGAGAAUGUAUGUUGUAGUUUCCCGUUUAUAUGUGAGUUGAUUAAUCGACUGUUUUGAUAGACAUUUCGCCAGACGUCGGGCCAGACAAUCAAAUUAAGAUCCAGAGAUUUCCAUGUCUCGCAAAGUCUCCACAAUUAGUGGAUGUGUUAUAAUUCACGGCAGUCUGCGGGUGCAUGGCAACACAUGUGUAUAUGGGGGACGGGAGAUCAAGCCAUUUACCAGGUAUAUAAGAUGAUUCAGAACUGUCAUUCAUACGAGUAACUCAUAGUUCAUAGAUCUGAUAGUGGGAUGCACCUUUAAUGGGAGAUUGCUUCCAAUGAAUAGUUACUUAUUAGCUUUUGCUAUUGACAAUUUUAAUUGCAAAGCAAACACAAAACUAAAUUGGCUCUGCGAAAACGCCCCCAAAACUGGUAACAAAAACAAAAGCCGAAAAAAACCGAAAAACCCGCGGAAGUAAGCCAUCGAGUUAACGGUGUGAAACAGAUUUCUGACUUAUUUGGCAAGGUCAAUGGCGGGUGUGCCGAUGACGAUGCCCAAAGCAAAACGAAUCCGUCUGCAGAAGAUCGUUUGAGCGGAGCGUGGAAGCCAUCUGGGGCAACCAGUUGAUGACGUUUCGGCCAAGUGCGUGCAAAGUUCCGCUCGCUCGCGCGGGCUGCGGAUUGUCAUUUGGGGCCCGUGAAGGUCUGCAAGUUUUGCGGCAAACCAAUUUGGAAAUUUUGCCCAAGAACUUUUCCGCUAUAUAACUUAUUUUGCUCUUCUGGCCAGUCUUCAGUUGGCUGUGGACUGGGCCACAGAUUAGUUGCACCUUUUGGAUACGGAAUGAAUCUUCACGCACGCUUGGCUCUGAUGAGUCUCCUUCUCACUGCCGUCUUGGCGCAGAGGAGCGGAAAAUCGAGAUCGGAUCGUCCCCAGGGACGUACCUUGGGUCUGUUGACGCCCCUCCUCCUAGGCAUCGGGGGUGGAUCCCUCUUUGACGUUCCCGUAGCGCCAGUGCCGCCACAGCGGCCCGUGGGUGGUGGUGCAGCAGCAGCUGGAGCCCAGUCGGAUCAGUACUACGGCAGCAGUUAUCCCAGCUACAACUAUAGGCCCAGCUACAAUCCGUACGCAUAUACGAGUAGCUAUCCAGGCUACGGCUAUGGCUAUGGCUAUCCCGGAUUGGGUCUGGGAUACGGCUCCAAUUACUACCGGCCCAGCUACAACUUCGGUGGAUAUCAGCGACCCCAGCAAUAUACCGGAAACUACUACGGCUACAGGCCAAACUACAGCGGAGGAGGAGCAGUGGCCGCUGGCUAUCCGUCGUAUGGAAGCAGUGCAGCUGGAGUUUCUGCCACGCCCGCCUACACGCCCUCGGGAUCAGCUUUGGGAGUGGCUGCUGGAUCGGGAGUGGGAGCCGGAGCCGGAGUCGGAGCCGGAGUCGGGAGUCCACAGCUAUCCACUGAACAGACGGCACAGCUGGCCGGACUCCUGGGCCAGGCCCUGGGCAGUAGUCUGCGCCCGUAUCUGGCCAACGGAGGAGGAGCGGGCGGAGCAGCGGCAGCGGGCGGUGGUGGAAAUUCACAAGCACUAGGCGGUCUGUUGGGCCUGCUCGGCUAGGCCAUAAAUUAUUCAGUAUUAACGAUGCCCGAUGGACAGAUACGAGUAUGGCGGGUCUUUCCAUAAAGAUCGCUUUGUUAAAACUUAGUGUAAGUCUCUGUUUUCUGCCUCUUCAGGUCCAUGCAAAUUAGUGUUAAUAAACAUUUUUAUUAAGAAUAA